AUGAUUAUUUGUCUUUUCGGUGUUCAUAUUAACAUCAGUCGAUUGUUAACAUUCGCCUGUUUUCUAAUUUCUUUUCAUAUCGUUUACAAUAAUCAAGUGCUCGGUGUUAAUGCAGCUCCUGAUAUUGUAAAAACUGUCUAUUCAUCAUUUAACAAUACGUCACCAUUAGAUCAGGCGGAUAAUUCAACGAAAAAUAAAUCAUCUGAAUGUAAACCUGAAGAAAUUGAUGUAACAUUGCCUUAUUUUUCAUUGCCUUAUCGAAUAUUUGCGGGUGCACUUGUUGUUCCAAUUACAAUAUGUGCUAUAUCUGGCAAUAUCCUUGUUAUCUAUGUUAUUAAAAAAUUUCCUAAACUACGUAAAGAUACAGGCAAUAUUUUUCUUGCCUCACUUGCUGUUGCUGAUGUUGGUGUUAGUACAUUAGCAAUGACAUUCUAUGGAUUACAAUUAGUUCGAGGUAGAUGGAUUCUUGGUGCGUUUAUGUGUCGUUUAUGGUUUUCAUGUGAUGUUCUUUUUUCAACCGCAUCCAUUAUGCAUUUAGCUUGUAUAGCAUCAGAUCGUUAUACAUUUAUCAAAAAUCCAUUUAAUCGUAAGGAAAAGAUAUCACCAGAACGACGUCGUCAUCUUAUGAUAGCUGGUUGUUGGAUUGGAUCAGGUAUACUUUCAUUUAUACCGAUAUUUACUGGUAUAUAUACAACACCCGAACAACACCAUAAAAUUAGUUGUUUAAAUAGUGUUCAUGGUCGUUGUAUAUUUGCUGUUAAUCAAGUAUACGCGAUAGUAUCAUCAUCAUUUUCAUUUUGGGUUCCAAGUGCUGUUAUGAUUAUUAUGUAUGUUAUGUUAAUGCGAAUAGCUGAUGAAAAAGAACGUCAAAUAUAUCAAGAAGCAGAUGCUGUUGCUCGUCGUCGAGCAUCUCAACCACCACCGUAUCAAUAUACUUGCGGACGAUCUAGUGAUGAACCAACACUUACUGAGAUGCAUCCAUCAACACAACGAACUCAUCAAUUGUCAGCGACACCAAUACCACUUAAUGGUCACAUUAAUAAACAAUGUCGUCGAGGACAACAUGAUAGUAUUGAUACACAAAUGGAACCAAGCUCAUCUGGUGAUAAUCCUGGACAAUCAAUUGAUCCACGCAAUAGUGACAAGGUGACCAUAAGACGAGAACGUCGUGCUGUCAAAACUUUAGGUGCCAUAAUGGUUGCGUUUCUUAUAUGUUGGCUUCCGUUUUUUAUUCGAUAUUCUGCAUGUGAACCAAAUCGUUGUAAUUGGAAAUAUAUGCCUAUUAUAGAAGAUAUUGUUUUCUGGGUUGGUUAUUUUAAUUCAAUGAUUAAUCCAUUUUUAUAUGCUUUUCAUAAUAAAGAUUUUGAUAGUGCUUUUAAAAAGACUCUUAGUAAACGUUUUGGUUGUUUUGAUCAACGUCGUACAAGUGCAAGUAGUUGUGGACCACUACCACCUGCAACACCAACCGGAGAAAGUUCAAAUACACAAAGAGCAAGCAGGAUAAGAUGCUGCAAAAAUCGUUCAGAAGCAAAUACUGAUGUAGAAGAAACUAUACAUUUAAAUAAUUUAUCUGAUAGAAAUCAAGGUACUGAAAUGUCAAAUGGACAUAUAACUGCUACUGAAAAUAGUCUAUGA